AUGUCUUCAGAGUCUGUUCAACUUGUUUCACAAUGUGAGAGUUUGCAAAAUUUGACAUACCUAGAUAUUUCAUUUGCUAUGAAUGAGGAUGGAAUGAAAGUAUUAUUGAACAGUUCUGUUCUGAAAAAUUUGAAAAGUCUAAAAAUGGUCGGAUGGGCAUUUGACACUUCGUCGAGAACUAGUUUAUCAUUUGUGACCGAGAGUGAAAUUGUCAAAAAUUUGGAAUGCUUGAAUUUAUCUGGAAAUCAAAUCGAUGAGUAUAGAAUUCAAGCAAUGUUUCAGAAUUCGAACGAAGAUAGUUCAAAAUUGACUCGACUUGAUUUGUCGUACAAUAAUAUUGCUUUUAAUGGAAUACAGUAUUUGACAAGCUCCAAAUACAUACCUUAUUUGAAAGCAUUAACCAUUUCUUACAAUCCCUACAUUCGUGACUCCUCCAUUGUUUUACUUACACAGAGAGAUUCAAUGAAACACUUAACCUAUCUCGAUCUUGAAGGGACAUCCAUUGGAAAUGAAUCUAUGAAAGCCCUUUCUGAUAUAAGUUCCACCAUUACAAAUUUAACACAUCUCAAAAUUGGAAAAACUCAUGUGAAGGACGAAGGAUUGAAAUUUGUGACACAAUGUUCACACAUGUCCAAAUUGACCACUCUUUCAUGUGUAAGAAGCUGCAUUGGAGACGAAGGUGUAUACGAGAUUGCAUCGAGUGUAUUCAUGUCCAAUUUAAAACAUCUCAAUUUGUCUCGUUGUAACGUUACACUCGUAGGAGCGACAGCAUUAAUGGAAAGUAAAUUGUUGAGACCCAAUUUACGAUCAUUGAAUUUAUGGCAAAACAAAUUGAGUGAGGAGGAAAAGGAAAUGAUCAAUACCUUGAAUGAAGAGAAUGGUUGGAAGGUCGUGUUGUGA